AUGAUCGUUUUCGAAAAGAAGAUAGAGAUGAUAACAGAUACAUUGUUAUCAAUGCUUUUACAGCCAUCACGCGUCAAUCGAUCCCCACGUACAGAAACUGAAACAUUGGUGUUAAUGGUGACACUGUGUAUGUACGAAGAAGCGAAAGACUGGAACAGCAGUGUAGAAAAAAGAGUCACAAGUUCGGGAUUCUACUUUUCUACUAUCAUCCAUUCAACUUUAAAAAUUAUCUUUUUACCUUUGAUAAUGCUUUAUGUUCUGCACAACAGAUUGGUGACCUUAAACUUGCAAACUAAUCAAAAAGAAACAUGUAAAAAAUCAAGAGAAGGUUGGUUCAGUCACUGUUUCUGCAGUCGAAGAAACGGAGGAUGAAUUGGAAGCGCGACAAAUAGCAGAAUUAUAUGCACUGAAUGCUUGUACGAAUACCAGAUGA